UUCGUCCUGCAUGCAACAAAGAGCAAUAAAAGAGAAAAUGGCAAAGAAUUCGGGAGUUGCCCUCUUCGCCGCAGCUCUCUGCUUCUCCUCCCUCUUCAGCCUGGCCUUAGCCACCACGGAUGAACACUUCUUCGUCGAAGGCAGGGUAUACUGUGACACUUGCCGCGUCCAAUUCGAGACCAAACUUAGUGAAUACCUCCAGGGGGCAAAGGUGGCGCUGGAAUGCAGGAAGCGCGAGGGUGGUGACAUCACAUACAGCCAAGAGGCCAUAACAGGCACGGAUGGUAAAUACAAGAUAGCCGUCCAGGGCAAUCAUGAGGAGGAGAUUUGUGAGGUGAAGGUGGAGAAGAGCCCCCGUGAUGAUUGUGGUGAGAUUGUGCAAGGGAGGAAUAGGGCUAGAGUCGUCCUCACCAACAACAAUGGGGUAGCUCAACCUGUUCGCUUUGCCAAUUCUCUUGGAUUUUUGAAGAACGAACCCGUUGCUGGCUGUCACCAAGUCCUCAUCGACCUGGGCUUCAUUGGGGUUCAAAUUUAAGAUUAAAAACUCUGUGGGGCAAGUUGACUAUGUCUAAACAUUAAUUAAUAUGUAUUGUAUUGAUAUGGGAAACUUUAUGCAGUGACGAAAAUGGAUAAAAUUUACUAAUAUCA